ACAGGGGCUGGCGCAGGCGUGCGGGGCUGCGGUCCAGGAAGAGGCGCGGAGAAGCUAAAGGGGCCUGCGGAGCCUCACGUCCCGACGCCAGGGGGCCCGGCCGGUCCCCGCCGCCGCGCCCGGCGUCCUGGCGCUGCUCGGAGCCUUGCUGGCGGCCGCCGUCGCCGCUGUCGCCGCCCGGGUCUACACCCACCUCGUCCAGGCCCAGGAGGCCGCGCGGCAGGAAUCGGCACUGAAGGCUCUGGGGACAGAAGGCCUCUUUCUCUUCUCUUCACUCGACACUGACCAGGACAUGCGCCUCAGCCCUGAAGAGUUCAAACCCAUCGCGGAGAAGCUGACAGGGUCAACACCUGCAGCCAGCUAUGAGGAGGAGGAGCUGCUCACCGACCCCAGUGAAGAGACCCUCACCAUAGAAGCCCGAUUCCAGCCUCUGCUCCCGGAGACCAUGACGAAGAGCAAGGAUGGGUUCCUAGGGGUCUCCCGCCUCGCCCUGUCCGGCCUCCGCAACUGGACGACUGCAGCCUCACCAAGUGCAGUGUUUGCCGCCCGCCACUUCCGGCCCUUUCUUCCCCCUCAAGGCCAGGAGCUGGGCGAGCCCUGGUGGAUCAUCCCCAGUGAGCUGAGUGUCUUCACCGGCUAUCUGUCCAACAACCGCUUCUACCCGCCACCGCCCAAGGGCAAGGAGGUCAUCAUCCACCGGCUCCUGAGCAUGUUCCACCCUCGGCCCUUCGUGAAGACCCGCUUUGCCCCCCAGGGGGCCGUGGCCUGCCUGACCGCCAUCAGCGACUCCUACUACACUGUGAUGUUCCGGAUCCACGCCGAGUUCCAGCUCAGUGAGCCCCCUGACUUCCCCUUCUGGUUCUCCCCGGGCCAGUUCACCGGCCACAUCAUCCUGUCAAAAGAUGCCACCCACAUCCGCGACUUCCGGCUCUUCGUGCCCAAUCACAGGUCUCUGAACGUGGACAUGGAGUGGCUGUACGGGGCCAGUGAGAGCAGCAGCAUGGAGGUGGACAUCGGCUACAUACCCCAGAUGGAGCUGGAGGCCACAGGCCCUUCGGUGCCCUCCGUGAUCCUGGACGAGGAUGGCAAUAUGAUUGACAGUCGCCUGCCCUCGGAGGAGCCCCUCCAGUUUGUGUUUGAAGAGAUCAGGUGGCAGCAGGAGCUGAGCUGGGAGGAGGCUGCCCGGCGCCUGGAGGUGGCCAUGUACCCUUUUAAGAAGGUCACCUACCUGCCAUUCACUGAGGCCUUCGACCGAGCCAAGGCCGAGAACAAGCUGGUGCACUCGAUCCUGCUGUGGGGGGCCCUGGACGACCAGUCCUGCUGAGGUUCGGGGCGGACUCUCCGGGAGACUGUCCUGGAAAGUUCGCCCAUCCUCACCCUUCUCAACGAGAGCUUCAUCAGCACGUGGUCCCUGGUGAAGGAGCUGGAGGACCUGCAGAGCAACCAGGAGAACCCGUCCCACAGGCAGCUGGCGGGCCUGCACCUGGAGAAGUACAGCUUCCCCGUGGAGAUGAUGAUCUGCCUGCCCAAUGGCACUGUGGUCCAUCACAUCAACGCCAACUACUUCCUGGACAUCACCUCCAUGAAGCCUGAGGACAUCGAGGACAACAUCUUCAGCUUCUCAUCCACCUUUGAAGACCCAUCCACAGCCACCUACAUGCAGUUCCUGAAGGAGGGACUCCGCCGCGGCCUGCCCCUCCUUGAGUCCUAAUAUGUCGCUGGGCCGCUGGGAGCACGGCUGCGUGGUCCUGAGCCAUCUCAGACUGGAGAAGCUCCUAACCCCUCUUCACCUUAAGCUGCCUCGCAGGGUCCAAGGUCAACUGAGGGUGGCCACCCAGCUCUGCCUCGGUGACUGGGGUUAGACAGAAGGGGCUUGGGCUGUCAGAGGAUAAACCGUGAUCUCUGUGGCCCCCAAGUCCUUCCCUACUCAGCUGGCUCCGGAAGCUACUCAAGAUCUUUUACUCUUUCCAGAACAAAGCAUGAAGGAGCCAUAGCCAGGGCGUCCAAGGGCCCAGCAGCUGUUCUGUUUACAUAGAGCUGUUCUUGCUAGCCAUACCCCAGCUGCCCUCCUGUCUGAUGUCCCCAGCCGGGGUCAAGAUCAGUAGGUGACAGCCUUCUGGAGCCUGUGUGCAGAGCCCCCCCUGACCGUGAGGGACAGCGCUGUACCACAGCUGCUCCCAAAUGGCUCAGUGGGCCUUGUGCCAGGCCCCCAAGCCUGUUUCGGGGCCUGGGAGGUCUCUCAGGAAGUAGGCCUCUGCCAUUAGGAAGAACCCACUGAGGGGCCCUCAGGCCCAGAGCCAGGGCACUUCCGCCACCUCCCCUAGCAGAGGUCAUAGGAGGACUGUGGGAACCAGGGCUUCCUGACACCUCCUUCUCCGUCCCUGACUCCAUGGAAGUACAACCCAGACAAAGAAGAGCCUGCACCAGAGUCAGCACUGGCCCCGCCACCAGGGGCACCCCAGACCAGCUUGUCCCCCGUGGGACACCUGCCAACUCUCUUUGGCCACUCUUGGGGCCUUCGUCCAUGUCCUGAGCCACUGACCAUGGCUAGUCUGUCUUUUAUACAUGCAGAGAAGUGUUUUUAUGUGAACUUUCUCACAGUUUGUAGCUAUUUUUUAUAACUGCAGUGCUGAGGAGAAAGAAGAGAGCAAUGGCUCCCCGAGCAGCAGCCCCAUGAUGGCUCGAUCUGAAAUCCUGGAUGGAUCUAGCUUGAUGCCUUUGCAGUUGCACAUAUGGGAAGCAGUAUUCUCUCUUCCAUCUCUUCUUCUAGAUUUUUAAAAACAGUCUUCACAGAAUGAGCGUACCAUACCCGCAGCUCUAUCCUGUCCACGUAGGCCCGGAAGGUACCUUUGGGCUUUUUCCGAUGAAGGCCUUGAGGUAAGCCUGUGCUCCUCAUGCCUGACUCCUCCCGUCCCCUCAUCCCAGCAGGGGCUGCAUCUUAAACCUAACAGAGGAGGAAGGCAGACCUGUCCCUGCAUCUUCUGAGUCCCCCUGCCGUCCUCGGUGUCCCCUGUGGAGCUUGCCUUGACCAGUCCUGCUCUUCAUUGGGUAUUAGGUAUAACAAUAGCAGCAGGUUACCAAGAGCCUUCUGUGCCUGGGGCAUUUGCUAAAGUUACAGGUAGUUUUGCAUUUAAUUCCCACAACCAACUUGUGAGGUAGGUGACUGGUCCCAUUUUGCAGAUGAGAUGAGUCUUAGGGAAGCAAAGUGACCAAGGUCACACAGAGUGCUAGAGUUGAGACUCAAACCCACAUGUAACUCCCAAGCCUGUGUCUUGAUUUUGGGGUGUUUCAUUUGGCACCACACCCCCACCACUCUCCUUCCUUGUUUUCGCUGAAGUGGAAAUCAUGCCUCAUUCCCCUCUGAGCUCCACAUAGACUGAGCCGUUGAGCUCAGCCAUGCUCUUUGCGCCCUGGGAGAUGGUACUUCCUGCCUCUUCCAGGGAAGGAGGCCACCCGAGUGUGUCUCAGUACCUCACCAGUUGGCCUGGAGCCUCCCACCCUCAGCUGAGCCAGCUCCCUCCGGCUGCCCCUGGAGGGCUGACUCCCCAUCAGUCAACCCUGGGCUCCAGUGCAACCCUGACUGCUGAGCUUUCUGAGUCCUCCUCAUCUGAUGCGUCUGCCCAUCCCCAGCCAGGGAAGGUCGCCAGCUGCACUUUUGUCAUCUCUUUGCCACUUCCCUCCCCCAACUCUAACACGUCCUGUAAUAAAAUUGGAGAAAGGAG